UGAGUUUCGCAGCUGUCUUGCUUUUUGGUUUCCUGAGUAUACACUACGCAUUUUUUUAUGAUGCAGUGGAAACUUGGUUUCCUAGGCUAACUGUGAAUCAAAUCCUAGGGUUAUCGUCCCAUCUGCUUCAAACAAAUACCUUUACGUGAAAAUAAAAGGGCUCAUCAUGAAGCACUCCAGCAGAAUGGGAAAUAAUACGAUCAGGACAGUGAAUACCGGACAAAGGUGUGAUAUCGCGACUAGAAUCAUAGUACAUACAGCACUAUACACUGCCGUCAUCUGUCCAACAUCAAACUCGUACCGCGACCAUAUGGUAGAAGUAUUCUCAGAAGGUUGGCAUUUAAAAUCUGACCACAACCAUGUCAUUAUUGGAGACUUGGCAUUGGACAAACUGGAGAUAGAUAGGCUAGGCAAGGAACUUCCUAGAACUAUUGUGGUGGAGUUCUAUGGAAAAGAAGAAGGGGAGUAUGUUGUAAAUUGGUUGGAACUCACAAGGAGACGAGACAUCCCGCCCAACGGCCUGGGUCUCUUCCUUAUGAAAGCAGAUGACUGCAGGUAUCGAUGCCCAGAACUAGACGCCUGCAUCAACCCAUCUGUGUGGUGCGAUGGAAUCGAAGACUGCCCUUCUGGGGUCGAUGAGGCUCUGUCACACUGUUCAUUUAUUCUCAACUUACCCCCGUUGUACCUUGCUUUGGGUAUUUCGGGGUUGAUUGUUAUUUUAGUAACAUCUGUUUUGAUGAUCUGGAGAGCCUGCAAACGACGUAGACCGAGGUCAAUCUUGCAAACACGCUUGAAAAGUCUUUCAUCUUCAGAUACGGGCAUUGUAGAUGAAAAAGGAAUAAUUUGCUGACAUUCGGACAAUUCUGUACGGUACGAGGAGGUGGACAGAGUGACGACCGUCUGACGUCAUGAUGACGUCAUUAUGGCCAUCUGGAGCUCGCACCAUACAGAAUUGUUAUUGAAAGUGAUCAAAGCGGUAGUAGUUAUAUUAUUAUCACGUGGAGGGACUUCCUUUUUAUACACAAACGACGACAUUUAGAAUUGUUAGCAUCAGGACCAACAAAUUUUUUAUAAAUUAGAUGAUUGAGUCGAUUGGAAAUGGAUGAAAACUGGAAAAGACGCGAUUUGAAAUAAGUGAUAUGCAGGUUCUAACUACGAGGUGGCAAUACCCAAGUAGAUGAAAUUCUUUUAUCAUGAUCUUUUAUUGAUAGAAGUUGUGUAUGAAAAAUGUCAGUUCCAUCAUAAGGCUCGCCAUUGACAAAAAGAUAUUACAGAUUUCAUCACUGAACGUAAUACUUCCCUGGAACUGCAUCUGCAAAAUAGCAGUCUUUUCCAGUAAAACAUUAUCAUCCAUCUUCUCGAUAUUUGAGCGAAUUUUUAGAGUUGUGAUUACUAUAGUCUAUAUUAGAAAUACUUAGAGCUUUCUUUCAAUUAUAGGAUAACUGAAAAGAAAUUGAAUAGUAAUAGUAAUUGAAAAUUUGGUAUCGCCACCUUUGAAGUAUCAGUCAACAAGAAAGUUGUAAAUAUUGAAAACGAUUCGUUUAAAUGAACUAAGCUCGAAAACACCGCCGAUGAUUAAAGAACUAGCCUAUAUCUGAGAACAUUGAUAUCAAAAUGUCAAAAAAUCUAAAGCAGAUGAGGAGCAUUAGGCUAUGUUUUGAAUCUACCUUAAUCGGAGAGCUUAGUCGAUUCUUAUAAGAAAUAACUUUUUAUCCUUAUGAUGAAAGUUACUAGGAGUAUGAUACCAAUUCGAAAGAAUCAAAGAUUCGAAGGCACUGUACAAUGUACAAUGACUGAUAACACUUGUCAUGUAAAUAAUAUUAGUCAAUAGUUAUAAUAGUCAGGAUCUCAUGGACUAUUUUGCGUUCAUCAUAAUUGAGGCGUUUUAUGUGUGUCUUUUGUUGCUAACUUCAAAUAUGUUGAUAAAUGCUACAAGUAAAGUGGCUCAUGGGACUCCACACUAUAAUUUUAGUUAUCUAGAGAAAUUUUAGGAACAAAUUAGGGCAUGUUACUCGAAUAUUUCUGCCAAAAAUCGGAACAUUUUUUUACUCGGAAAAUUGUAAAUACCUUUUAAAACAGCGGGCAUUGAGAAAUAAAAAACAGAAUGUGAUGGAUUCAGCUAUGUACUCUUGUAAUUCUUAAAUGCACUCUGUUCGCUGGGAGCGAAGUGCAUACAUCCUCCGACAGUCAAAUAUGUUAUAGGCGUGGUAUCUAUAAAAGUUGCAAAUAUUUUAGUGUCAUCAUUUUUUACCAACACCAAAUCGACUAAAAACCUCUCAUUUUCAUUGAUAUCCGAUUAUCUUCGUAUUCCACGUGUAUUAAGCACAAACAUUUCUGUCCGACAACCGCUAGGUCUCAAGGACGACUUUUGAAUGAACCGCAUUGCCAGAGGUGGGUCUAAGUGUUCUCUACAAGAUUUCAAGACCAUUAGUUGCAAUAUUGCAGAAACAUAUGUGUGUAAUCGCAAAAAAAUGGAAAGUGAUAUAUUUUCUGGAUAUCGCGCGGCCUGCACAUCACAAAAAAUCAUAUAACUGUUUUGCGUCGGUCUUUCUGUCUGUCUGUCCGUGGAUCCUUCGCCACACUAUAUCUAGAAAACUGCUAC